AUGGAUCAAGAUAGUGAAAGAAGCAUUUCCAGACUAUGGAGAACCUUUAGAACUGUCAAGGAAAUGGUCAGGGACAGGGGUUACUUUAUUGCCCAAGAAGAAAUCGAUUUAUCUUUGGAAGAUUUCAAAGCUAAAUAUUGUGAUUCUAUGGGUAGACCUCAAAGAAAGAUGAUGUCUUUCCAAGCUAAUCCAACUGAAGAAACUAUGGAAAAAUUUCCAACUAUGAGUUCCCUAUGGGUUGAGUUUUGUGAUGAACCAUCUGUUGGUGUUAAAACUAUGAAGAACUUUGUUAUACAUAUUCAAGAAAAGAAUUAUCAAACUGGUAUUUUCGUUUAUCAAACUAAUGUUACUCCAAGUGCAAUGAAGUUGGUACCUUCUAUACCACCAGCUACCAUUGAAACUUUCCACGAAGCUUCUUUGAUUGUUAACAUUACACACCAUGAAUUGGUACCAAAACAUAUCAGAUUGAGUGAAAAUGAAAAGAAGGAAUUGUUAAAGAAAUACAGAUUAAAGGAAUCUCAGUUACCUAGAAUCCAGAGAGCUGAUCCUGUUGCAUUGUACCUAGGUUUGAAGAGAGGUGAAGUUGUAAAAAUCAUUAGAAAGAGUGAGACCUCAGGUCGUUAUGCAAGUUAUAGAAUUUGUAUGUGA